AGCGAGGCCGUGAAAUUCCCACAAAAGCCUUUUAUGGAAAUAUUCAUUCUAUUAACCGAUUAAAUCUUUUCAUUCAAAUUUAAAUGCCAUUUUUUAAAACAUAUAUUAACCGAUCGACGAUUCUCGUAAUAAUUUUUCAAAAUUAGUACAUCGACGAAUAAGAAAAGCCAUCGGCCAUUGGCUGGCAACCGCAGAGUCUUUUACUACGUCACGGUGUCUGGGUUUGAAUAUGACGGGUGGAGGUCGGUGUCGGUCAGUGGUGGAUCGUGACCAAAAUAGUACAAAUAUCUGGACAGGUGAUUAAAGUAACAUAUAAGGAACUAAGUGAUAAUGCAGAGGAAACCCUACUCUCGUGAAAUGUGGCAGUUUGAGCAAAGAUCAAAAUUUUCCUUUCAUAGGUUGAGACAUCAGUUAGCAGAAGAUGGCUGUAAAGAAAGUCAGGUCUCGCUUGCUCGAACUCUGCUUCGAGAAAAAGUGAUAGACAAGAAAGAAAAAUGUGAAAAUGAAAAAGUGGCUGUUCAUUGGCUCUUACGUGCGGCCAGCCAAGGUUAUGAAGAAGCUUCUGACUUACUUGAUGAAUGUUAUAGAAAUGGUACGGGUAUCACAUCAUCUAAUAAGGAAAAGGUAGAAAUGUGUCUAAAUCGGACAGAAAAAGAAAAAUUAGCUUAUCAACUGGGUCAUAAACUGUUUAAAAUAGUUGCUUAUGACACAAAUGAAAUCCUCCUGCUUGAAACUUUCAAACAAAAAAUAUAUUUAUUUAUAAAAGAUGUUGAAGAAGGAAAAUCUUUUAAAGAUACUAUUCCGGAAAUUGGAUUUUCAAACACAAAUGCCCAGAAAGAAAAUAUAUUAAAUGGAUUAAAUAGAUCAUUUGUAACUGUGAAUGAUGUUGUCUCAUCAGUGUUUCAAUGUUUGGAGGGAGAUUCACCAAGUAUCUAUCUUGCAGGAUAUUCUAUGUCAAGUACAUCAUUAUGGAGGAUUUUACAAUGGUUUCUGAAGAUAUUCUAUAGGAUAUCAAAUGAAUUGUUAAGGAUUAUUUACAUCCAAUCCAUCUCAUUAGCAAUGAUUCUAUGUGCAUUAUCUUUCUGUCUUUUUAUUUUUAUUUUUUCACCACAAUAUAUCUUUUUCAAGUAUCUAGUUUGCCUGGUCUCGUUAAUGUCGCUUAUCGUCAUGAUAUUUUCAACUGGAUACAUGAUAAGCAUCAUAAUGCAAUAUUACAACUUUCGUUUCUGGUUAAAAGUGAUAAAAUCACUUGAACAAUCAAAUCCGAGUGUAGAAAUUGUGGAGAAACAUUCAAAGAUGACACUCUUUUGCUUUUUCAUGUUUUUUAUUUCUCUGUCAAUUUUUCUCUUAACUUAUCCAAUGAACUUGGAACAGAUUGCUCAUGCAGAUGUUGCUGUCUUAUCGGUUCUUCUCAUAUAUUAUCUAGAAAAAGAAAGCAAGACUAAAAGUGGAUUUAGGAUGCUAACUUUGGCAUUUAAUAUACUCAUAGCUUCGUACAAAGUUGCACAGAUCGAGAAUAAAGAGCUAAAUAUUGUUAACUUGACAUUUACAUGGAAAAUUACAAAAUGUCUUGAAAUGAAUUUUAACAUAAUAUCAUCUUUAUAUUGUAUAAUUAUAUUUUUAUAUUAUAAAAUAAUACAUAAGAGUAAAGGGAAAUGGUAUCAAUUUUUUCUACCACACUUGAUGUCUUUAGCAUGGUUAAAUAUAACUGCAUUUCUUCUAGAAAGGACUCAGUCAAAAGAUCUCUCUUUUAGUGUGAUCUUAUUAAUGUUCAUCAUCAUCAUAGCUCAAUUCUUCCCUAUCUGUUUAGCCAUUUCUUUAUGUUAUAUUGGAAAAUCUUUAUUAAUAGGAAUAUCAUUUUGGAAUUUAUUACUAUUAAUAGUAGUUGCGUCAAUGUUUACGGGAUAUAGUUUUCUAUGUCACUACUUUUCUACAUUUCUAAAUAAAUCAGAAAAACUCAGAACCUUUAUAUUUGUGAUAAGUGUUUUAAGUUUGUUAUUUUUGUUCGGAGGGUUGAUAUUUAUGAAUUUCAACAAUGGCCCUGUGCUAACAUGGGAUCGAUAUCAAAAUUACUGUCAUCGACCAGCCUGGGAAAGAACUAACAUGGCCGAAGUAGAAGCUGCAUGCACGCAUCUCCUGGGAAGCCGAUUAGGAGGAGAGGGAAAGGUUCUUUUGGCUAAAAUUACUGACUUCAGCAAUCCAUUAAAGAAUGUAAUAAACAAAUUUCCAACAUUUCUGUUGAAACCUAUCAAGUGUAUUUUGGGUAGUCCAUAUAGAAACUGUCAGCAGGAAUCCCACACUAUUAAAUACGAACGGUGCCUUUUAUACAACACUGUUAAUACAGAAGGUUGUCACUUAGAAGAUUGGAAUGUUUAUAGAUUUGAAAUCACAUUAAGUAUGAUAAAUUCAGAAGGAAUCGAAGCCGAGGCCAUCAUAAUGACGGAUGGCGUAUGCAAGAAUUUUGUCAUGAAUAUUAGAAACGGUGACCAUAUACAAUUUAUUGGCAUUCUUCAAGAAAAUCCCGGUAGCUUGCAACCCAAAUUAAAACUGGAAAUGUCAGUAUGUGAGAGUUGUGAUCACAUAACUAUCUGUGAUUAUAAUCAAUAUUUCUUUUUUGCCAAUUGGCCAAAAGUAAUGAAAUUUUAUGUACAAUUUUUCUUUUUUCCUUUAAUUAUAUAUUCACCAGAAAAUACUAAUUCUAGUCAUUUAUAAAUAAUUUACACAAUUUAAAAUUAUUAAUGAGGUCAAUAGCAACUAAGGAUUUGUUUAAUUGAAGAUUAAUUUACAUUGUAGUUUUGUUACCACUGUCAGCAAAUGUAUUCAAUGUGAUAAGUAUUUUUGUAGUAAAUAAUGGUCAAAAAAAAGAAUGCUUAUAAAAAAAUUAAAUCCAAAAUUGUAUUAUAAUAACAUUUUACAUCUUGCAAUGACAAAGUUAUACUAAACCUAUUCAAGACAAUGUAAACAUUUUUAGUUAAAUUGGUCU